UUGUCCUUAAGUAGCUUCUCAUCGUGCCCUGACAGGUCAUGUAAGGACAUUUUGGCACGCAGCCGGAUCGGGGAAAUGAUGAGUUUACGGCCCGCCGCACACGCUGUUUGACAUGCAGUUACUCUCUAAGGAUAUCACGGCCAAAACAAGCUCACACCGAGUCCACUGUAGUGCUGUUAAAUUGGGCAUUUUCUAGCCUAAAAUUUCUCCCCAAAAAUUUUAAGAGCACAGAGAGAGUCGCCGAGGAAUGACGUCAGGACGUAUUACAUUGAAUGAUGACGCCGUUUGAUCAUUAAAAAAAUCUGCCGUUAAAAAAAAAUCAGAGAAUUGGGUCAGCAAACAGCACGGUAUGAAUGUAACUCCCGUGCGUUCGUUCGGUGGUUCAACUUUGACAAAGAAGCCCCCGCUUUGGCGUGAAGUAACCUGCUCCGACGGGGAGAGAGGGAGAUGUCCGGUGUUUUCCAGCAUCUGCCAACGACAGCCGUAGCCGUUAGACCGGUCCGUCUGUCUGUCUGCGUCCCUCGGCUGGGUUUGGGAAGACCCGUUUGCCCGGAUAACGUUAACGCUGCUGCGGUCCCGGGCCAGGCUCGGGUCUGAGCGGUUAGCCGGGGGAAAGCAGAGACGCCGACAGAUACCACCAGAGAGGAGCUGAGAGCUGCUCUGCUGAGACCCAGGAAAUCACUCCUCGCCUUGUCUCGACAGCCUGGUAGCAACACAGUGCACAUUUCAGUAGUUCCAAAAUACAGAAUUCAAGGACUUUAAAGUGGGAGCACGUUUGCUUGCGAUAUGUGAGUCUCGGCAGUUCUGCCACGCAUCUAGUUUUGCCGGAGAAGUAAAAAGUUUGGUUUGACAAUGUCGAGCCGCCGGAAAUCCACCACACCUUGCAUGGUGGUGCCCUCUGAUGUGGUUGAGCAGGAGCAAGAGGAGGUGGAGGAGAAAACAGAGAAAACGAAGGAGGAAGACGCUGGGGAGGAGGAGGAGGGAAAGGUGAAGGAGGGAACGGAGGAGGGGCUGACUGCAGAGGAGCUGGGGCAGGCUGUAGUUGUUGUUCCUGCUCCACCAGAUUCAGAUGAACCUGGUGUAUCUACUGUAGACAACAGAGAGGCUGUCGGUCCGUCACUGAAAAGCAGCACUACAAAUCCUCCUGAGGAUCUGAGCAGCGAUCAGCCCACCCACGAGCAACAGUGUGACACCCCUGAGGAGGGGGGAGCAGACCCCGCUGCAGUUGCUGCCAUCUCUCUCAGCAAGACCCCGAUCAUGAGGAUGAAGACCAAAUCUGAACCCAAGAGAAUCGCUGUGUCCCUGAAAUCGGCAGACGAGGCAGCGGAGGCUUUUGGAGGAGGUGGCGAUGGAGAGUUGGGUGGGGAGCAGGAACCCAUUGAAGCUCCUCCGGGGCCGAUGACGCCUGUGGAGAUGCUCAUGCACGACUCCAUGAAGCUCGGGGGAGGCGGCUUGCUGAUCACCCCUCAGUUUGAACAGCAGAGGAAGUCAUCCAUUUUAAAUCCUACAGUCCUGCCUGCUGGUCUGGCACAGGUGCUCUCUGCCUUCCAGGCCCAGCAAAACACAGCAGCAGUUCAGCCCCAGCUGCUGAUUCCACUUAGCAGCAUCCCCUCCUACAGUGCCGCUAUGGACACCAACCCUCUGCUGGGCACCACAUAUAAGAAGUUCCCUUACCCCUCCAUGGCUGAGAUCAGCAGCCUGGCAGCACAAACACAGUUCACAGAGGAACAGAUCAAGGUGUGGUUCUCAGCUCAGAGGCUGAAGCACGGUGUCAGCUGGACUCCAGAAGAAGUGGAAGAGGCCAGGAGGAAGCAGUUUAAUGGCACGGUGCACACUGUGCCUCAGACUAUCACUGUCAUACCUGCUCACCAGCUGUCGGCUGCUGCUAACGGCCUGCAGUCCAUCCUUCAGACCUGCCAGAUAGUGGGCCAGCCUGGCCUCGUGUUCACACAGGUUGGCCCAGGAGGCAACCUUCCAGUGACCAGUCCCAUCACCCUGACAGUGGCAGGGUUGCCUAGCCAGUCCCAGAGCUCCAGCAGAGUUUCCUGCCAGCCCACCCUGACAAACAGUGAGCUGAAGCGGGCUACCACUAUCCAGCCUCCCUCUCUUUCACCACAGGAGAACUCAGCCCUCAGUGUUGACACAUUCAGCAUGCGACCUAAGAAAUCCAAAGAGCAGCUGGCGGAGCUGAAAGCCAGCUACCUGAAGAACCACUUUGUCACAGAUGCCGAAAUUGCCCGAUUGAUGAAACUUACCAACCUGACGAAAGGGGAGAUCAAAAAGUGGUUCAGUGACACCAGGUACAACCAGCGCAACUCCAAGAACAGCCACGUCAUCGUGUUUCACGACGGAGGUGGUAGAAGCGGGGGCACAUGUAGCAGCGCUGCUAACACCACCAUUGUUAUCGACUCCAGCGACGAGACCCCGACAUCACCCCAUCCUCCACGUACACCUCCCGUGAAGGAGAAGGAGACCCGUCCCAAAACGUGGAACCCGUUUCCAGACUUUACCCUGCAGAAGUUUAAGGAGAAGACGCCGGAGCAGCUUGUGGUGCUGGAGGAGAGUUUUGAGAAGAACACCACACCUUCAGAUGAAGAGCUGAGCCGUCUGAGGACGGAGACUAAACUGACACGGAGGGAAAUUGACGCCUGGUUCACCGAGAGACGAAAAAUGCCAUCCGUCAGCACCUCGUCUCCAGAUUCCUCUGAAGGAGGAAAAAUAGAAACAGAUGGAGCAAAAGCAGGAGAAGGGGGAGGAACAGGAGCAACGGCCUCUUCUUCACCUCCUGCCUCCUCAUCUCGAAAAGGUAGUCAAACUCCUCCUGGGAAUCGCACCAAGCAUUUGCCCAGCAGCAACAAGAAGGACAUUAAGGACAAGAGUAAAAAGACUCCGGAGCAGCUCCAUAUUCUGAAAAGUGCCUUUGUUAGGACCCAGUGGCCCACACCAGAGGAGUACGAUCAGCUGGCAGAGGAAAGCGGCCUUCCUCGCUCCUACAUUGUCAGCUGGUUCGGAGACUCUCGGUAUUCCUGGAAGAACGGAAACCUGAAGUGGUUCUUUCAAUACCAAAGUGGCAACAUCGAAGGACCAAACAGCGGAGGUGGGAGUAAACUGGGAAGCGGCAGUCGGAAAAGACGUGUACGAAAUCGUGGGUGGGGACGAUCCCGAACCAGGAAGCAGCCAAGAAGGUCCACCUCUUUAAGUUCGGAUGUCGACCGGCCAACCCCAUCAAAGAAGUUCAAGACUGGGAAGGAGAUCCUGAAGGAGUACUACUUGAAGCACCACUUCCUGAAUGAGCAAGAUCUGGACGAGCUUGUCACCAAGACCAACAUGAGCUAUGAACAGGUGAGGGAGUGGUUCGCCGAGGUGCAGCGACGCUUGGACGGGGGGUUAGAUCCUUUCCUGGAACCGAGCGCACAGAGGACUGAUGGAGACGAAGGAACACAGGAGGAAGGAGAGGAGACGCAGGGAGAGUCAAUAGCCACCGACGAGCAGACAGGCGCAGGGCAGGGAGAUGAAGAAGAUGAGGAGGAGGACGAGGAGGAGGAUGGUGAUGACACAGACGACAGUGAGGUUUGGGAGCCAUCACGCAGCGUCAAGAAAUCUUUGUCCGUUUCUGAAGACUAGCAAUUGUGGGGAAGCAGGGUGAAGCUUAACUGAAUGUUACAAGAAAUACUGUUUGGAGGAAUCGACGCUGGACGGCACUUAGCUAGACCAAGUGUUUUUAUCCACUGAUUUGCAUGUGUAGUUCUCCACAUUCAUUUGCUUUUCAAGCUGUUUCCGAGUCACGUCUAUGUGACACUAAGACACGGACUAUUAGCUUUAGAUCAAUCUCUCACUGUAACUAAGGUGAAAACAAGAAUCCGACCCCACACAGAGGCACAUGAAACUUUGAUAACGCUUAUAAAGCAGCACCUACAUAAUGUUUAUAAAGAGGAAUGGCGUGAAAUACAAUCUUCAAGCUGAGCUGAGGAUGACAACUGUCAGUGAGAUAGGUAUCCAAAAAUAUGUUGAAUCCAAACACAUCCAUUAGACCCUUUUUUUUUUUUUUUUUUUUUAAAGGAAGCAAACUGUCUAAACGACAGAUUUUGCUCCUUUCUAAUUUGCACUCCUUGCCUGCUUAAAUGAAGCUACUAAGCUGCCCCCUUUCAGACACUGAUGCUGCUUUUCUUCUGGAAGGAGUGUUUGAUAAGUUGUGAGCAAGGGCCUGAAUUCAAAUAUCAAUUUGUAAUUCUGUGAAUGCCCACCCUCCUCUGAGCAGUUGUACUUAAAAAGGUGCUUGAAAAUGUAUUGCAGCUAGAUGUCACUGCUGAGCGGUGUAUCCAGUGAAACCAGCACAUGACUGUGGGAUUUCAUUUUACCUGUUUUUUAGCACCUGUGAAGAGCAGAUCAAGAGAAUCAGCAGGUUAUUCGAGCUGACAUGAAUUUGAUGAUCUGUGUGAAAUGAUAUGAGAAAAAAAGUACCUUAAUGCUGAAUGAAUGCCAAGGCCAGGCAUUAAAUAACACAGGAUGUCUA